CCACCCAGGACACAGGAUCACAGGGUCCCUGGGCCAACCCCCUGCUGGACCUCCCACACGUGCUCCCUCAGCAGGGCUCAGCCCUCCGCUUAUGGCCUGUUCUGUUCCAGGCGCCCUGUUGAGCCGGGGCCUGGUCCUCUGCAUGUGGCUCACCAUUCACUGCGCUGGUCCCUACGCCGAGGCCUUCUCCCAGGAAGGGCGGGCUGCCAGCAGGGCCGACCUGUGGGCCAGUGCCAACACCUCCCUCCUACAAGGCUUCCGGUGCCAGGCAGCCAGCCAGCUGUCCCAGGACCAGCUUUCAGCUCUGAUCAGGAGGAUGGCAUCGCAGCAGGUGCUCCUCAAAGCCUGGCAGCUCAGCUGCCUGGCCAACCUGGCCGCCCUGCAUGGCCUCCAGAGUGACUUCCCGCUGCACCCGCCUGACCUGCUGCUCUUCUACAACCUGGGGCAAGUAAGGGAAGCCGACUGCCGGGCCUUCACCCGCCGGGCUGCCCAGGGGGACACGGAGCUGCUGGCCAAUCUUCCGGACCAGAGGGCCGCCCUGCAGCACUCCGCCUUGGCCUGCCUGGGUGUGUCCCACCCACCGCGGCUCAGCGCCUCAGACUUGCUGCUCCUCGGGGCCCUGGUGUGCGACAUGGAGGCAUCCAGCAUUGUGGCCUCGGACCCCCACGUGCUGCAGAACCUGCAGUGCUGCCCCCGGCUGACCCCGGCCCAGCAGGCUGCUCUCAACACUCUACUGACCAGCGGGAGGACCGUGCUUGGGCCCCCCAUCUCCUGGAACCUGGAGGGGCUGCAGGCUCUGGGACCACUGGCCACCUACAUCAGCUCCAGCCUAUGGGUGCAGGUGCAGGAGGCCGUGGGCCUGGGCUUCUUUGGCAGCAUGGUGGCUGCAUGUCGGGCAGGGCGGCUCAGCCAGCGUGACACCAGGCGCUUUGUCACCAGCUUUCUUGAGGCCAGGGCCAAGGCCAAGUUGAUGUCCUCACGACCCAAGCGGGGCACAGCCACAGGGCGACCCUGCGUCCGAGGCAACAUCACAGCAGCCACACUGCAGGACGACCUGUUCCUGGUGCACUACAACUGCUCCCAGCUCGAGUCCUGCCUGGGCAGCCACGUGCUCAGGGCCAACCUGGACCCCUUGCUGCAGCACCCACUGCCUGCUGAGUGCCAGCGGGUCGUCAAGGCCAAGUUGGCUCGGAUCUACCCAAGGGGCGUCCCCGAGGAGCAGCUCCGGCUCAUCAGCUCGCUGGUCUACCUGUACUCUGUCGUGGAGAUCAGCCAGUGGAACAUCACCUCCAGGGACACCGUCGUGGCCCUGCUGGCCUCGGACGUGGCCCUGGAGAACCAGACGGAGGCCAUCCUGCAGAAGUUCCUGGACCACAAAGGCAACAUCACGAGCGCCCUGCUGGUGGCCAUCGGGGGCGGCCGCCUCUGCUGGAUGAGCCCCCGGCAGAUCCAGGCCAUCCAGCCCUCGGAGUUCCGGCUGGCCGGGGCCCUGGACACCUCCUCCUGCCCUCAGAGCAGGAAGAACGAGCUCUUCGUCAAGGCCCGAGAGGCCUUCAGCAGCACCAGGAUCACAGCUGCCUACUACGACUUCAUCCGCCCCUUCCUUGGCGGUGCCCCCACCGAGGAGCUGCAGCGCCUGGCCCAGGCCAACGUCUCCAUGGACAUCCACACCUUCACCAACCUGAACCCCCACGUGCUGCAGAACCUAAGCGUUGACAAUGUGAGAACACUGCUGGGCCAGAAUGUGGGGGACCUGCAGAAGGCACGCAGCCACCCAACCAUCAGCUCCUGGCUCCGCAGCCUGAACAGGUCGGCCCUGGACGAGCUGGGCCUGGACAGGGGCCCCGCCGGCCCCACCAGUCCCACCAGGACUCACAACACCCCCUGGACAUCCCAUCUGACUUCCACACGGGAAGGGCCUGGGGAGGACGCCCGCACCUCAGGCAGCCCACCAGCCCACCUGGGGCCCCUGCCACUUGCUGUGGCUCUGCCCUCCAGCCUCCUGUGGCUGCUGUAUCGGGGUGCCCUGCGGCCUGUUGGGACUCACAAUGUCCUCUGAAGACGGGGCUGUGCUGGUAGGUGACUGGCCGCCAGCCCAGGCUAAGGGGCAAGCCCCAGGCACGGAAAGCCUCGCUGCAGGGCAGGAGCCUGCCACGCCCGGCUCCCAGCACCUGGAGCUGCACAGGGGGCCUGGGCAGAGCUGUGACAACUGGGUCCCAGCCCCUGCCCCCCUGCCGGCUGAGGGAGACAUGCCCCGCCCGCUGGUCUUCAGGACAAAGAACUGGGGCUGGGGAGUGGGCUCCAUGGCACUUACUUCGCUGGCUUUUUGUCUCCUUUUACUUUGCUGACUAAUAAAGGACAAGGUGAUCUUCCUGCGUGUGUCCCUUUGCUCUGGCCCCGAGGAGCGGCACAGAGACCCUCUUAGCUGUCUCCGGGGGAGUCACCAAGG